AUGAUAACUUCACUUCACUUACGUCUUAGAGCUGUUGCUUCUGUCUCUCGAGUUUCUCAGUUUUCUGCCAAGACCGUCAAUAAUACCCACUCAUACUUCAGCCACAUCUUCACCUGCAAAAUGUCGACGGUAGCAGGCGCAACCCCGAACGGCUCAGCAGCAAAGAAGCCCAACGGAAAGAAAGAGAUUAAAAUUCUCAUGCUUCACGGCUACACCCAAUCCGGGCCCCUCUUCCGCUCAAAAACCCGCGCCCUAGAGAAACUCAUCGCAAAGUCCUUGGGCCCCUUCAACCUCGCCCCAACACUUUUUUACCCAACUGGACCCUCACAGCUCUCCCCGCGCGACAUCCCAGGCUUCGUCCCGGACGAAUCCGCCAACGGCGAGGACCAGGAAAUCGACGCCUGGGCCUGGUGGCGCAAGGACGAGUCCUCGGGCUCUUACCGCUUCCUGGACCAGGGCAUCUCCACCGUCGCCGAAGCGGUCCGCGAGGCCGGCGGCGUCGACGGUGUAGUGGGUUUCAGCCAGGGCGGUGCCUUUGCUGCGCUCCUGGCGGCCAUCUUGGAGGGUCCGCAUCGCGAUGAGAAGAUGCCGGAGGACCUGAAGGCUUCGGCGCAGGCGUUGCGGGAAGCUAACGGUGGGAAGCCGUUCAAGUUUGCAGGCAUUUACUCUGGUUUCUUUGCGCCGCCUGAGGAGUUGCAGUGGGCUUACGAACCCAAGAUCAAGACGCCUACACUGCAUUUCCUUGGUAGCUUGGACACUGUCGUUGAGGAAUCAAGAAGUCAGGGGCUUGUGGACCGUUGUGAGGAGCCGAUGGUCGUUGUCCAUCCCGGGGGCCAUUACGUGCCUAUUACCAAGGAGUGGGCCAUGCCGCUGAUCGGCUUCCUCAAGAAGAUUGCCGAUGAAGAGACAGCGAAGAGCAACAUUUAG